UAAGAUGUUCCGGGGAUAUCCCAUAAUUACAAGCCGAAUUUGUUUAGACAACGACUUGAGUGAAAGGUGGCAGUAUGGUAUAUCUGUUAUCUAAACAACCCACUCUGCCAUCUUUCUAUCGACCAGUCAGCCAGUUCAUUUUGAGUACCGAAGCAGAGCCAAGAAGAAUCAACGAAUAACUUCUUUACAACGGGCCUGGGUAUACACUAAGCUCUUUCAUUCAGAGUUGCGGAUUCAAACUAAACGAAGCGUUUUACAUUUUUAUUGCCAUUUGCAAUGUAUAAUUACUCCCGGGAUCACCCUCGCUGUAGCGAAAUUUCGACCAGUGUAUUAUUCUUUGCCUUUUCUCUGCUGGAAAAGAAAUGUCAAUAAGGAGAAUUGCAGGAAAAUUACUCCAAUCUUUUACUGUUUUACGAACAAUUAGACCUCAACAUAACUUAAAUUGUGGAUUUUCUACAAAGUUUCAUUCCAAACCUUUAACAUUUCCCCAGCCCGAUAUGAAGGUGAAACUUGUACCGGCCCUAGAUGACAACUAUAUGUACCUCUUGAUUGAUGAGGACACCCAGGAAUGUGCUGUCGUUGAUCCUGUAGAACCAGAUAAGGUUUUAGCUGCUGUGAAAGAAGAAGGUGUCAAUCUUACAACUGUCCUCACAACACAUCAUCAUUGGGACCAUGCGGGUGGCAAUGAAAAUUUGGUAAAGAAGGUCUCUGGAUUGACUGUACAUGGUGGAGAUGACAGAAUUGGAGCUAUGAACAGCAAGGUUCAGCAUGGUCAGGAAUUCCAGUUAGGGGCUCUUAAUAUUAAGUGUCUGUCUACCCCAUGCCACACGGCGGGUCACAUUUGUUACUUUGUGACUGGAAGUCCCAAUGAGUCUCCAGCUGUGUUUACAGGUGACACCCUGUUUGUUGGUGGAUGUGGCAGAUUUUUUGAAGGGACGCCAGAACAGAUGUAUAAUGCUUUAAUCGAGGUCCUUAGUAAGCUUCCUGGUAACACAAAUGUGUAUUGUGGCCAUGAAUACACAGUGAACAACCUGAAGUAUGCAAUACAUGUUGAACCCAAAAAUGCAGCAAUCAAAGAGAAAUUAUCUUGGGCGGAGGGUCAAAGAAAAAAUAAAUUACCAACUAUUCCUUCCACGAUUACUGAAGAGUUGCAGUUUAAUCCAUUUAUGCGAGUAGGAGAGGGAGAUGUAAAGACACAUACUAGCAAGCAAACACCCAUUGAUGUUAUGGGAUUUUUGAGGAAGGAAAAAGACAGUUUCAAAGCCAAAUAA